AUUUGGUUAAAAAUUCUGCACUAUGGAGAAAUCUCCUCUAUCCUCUUUUCUACUGCUCCUGCUGAUACCUGUCCUUGCCUCAUGUGUUGAAAAACAGGUUUAUGUUGUAUACUUCGGAGAGCACAGCGGAGAGAAAACACAGCAUGAAAUUGAAGAGAACCAUCAUUCUUAUCUCUCAUCUGUGAAAGAAUCUGAGGAAGAAGCAAGGUCUUCUCUUCUUUAUAGUUAUAAGCACAGCAUCAAUGGCUUCGCGGCCUUGCUGACACUGGAGGAAGCUGAAAAACUCUCCGGAAGGGAAGAAGUGGUAUCUGUGUUCAGGAGCCAGGAGUACUCUUUGCAUACCACAAGGUCUUGGGAAUUUGCGGGAGUGGAGAAGCUGCUCAACGAAUUCAAUGCUAAUGACAAGGAUGACUUGCUAGUGAAAGCUAAAUUUGGCAGAGAUGUAAUUGUUGGGAUGCUAGAUAGUGGGGUGUGGCCAGAAUCUUACAGCCUCAAGGAUAAGGGGUUGGGACCUAUUCCAAAAGGAUGGAAAGGGAUCUGUCAAACUGGGGAUCAAUUCAAUACAUCAAACUGCAACAGGAAAAUAAUUGGUGCUCGGUACUACGUUAAAGGAUAUGAAAAGUAUUACGGCCCUCUAAACCGAACACAGGAUUACCGCUCCCCUCGGGACAAAGAUGGACAUGGAACUCACACAGCAUCAACAGUUGGAGGUCGUAGGGUUCAUAAUGUUGCAGCACUUGGUGGAUUUGCCCGUGGCACAGCCUCAGGCGGUGCACCCCUUGUACGCCUUGCAAUCUACAAAGUUUGCUGGCCAAUUCCAAAGAAAGGCAAAGAAGAAGGAAAUUCAUGUUUUGAUGCAGACAUGUUGGCAGGAAUUGAUGAUGCCAUUAAGGAUGGGGUUGAUGUGUUAAGCAUUUCAAUUGGAUCAUAUGAUGCUACGCCUUUCAGCAAGGAUUCGAUUGCAAUAGGAGCACUUCAUGCCGUCAAGAACAAUAUUAUAACUGCCUGCAGUGCAGGAAACAGCGGCCCGGCCUCCUAUUCAAUAAGGAAUACAGCGCCCUGGAUCCUUACAGUUAGUGCAAGUAGUUUAGAUCGUAAAUUUAUUGCAGCUGUGGAACUUGGAAAUGGAGAGACACUUCAGGGCGAGUCAAUAUCUCCUUACCACCUGAAAAGGAAGUUGUAUCCUCUAGUUCGUGCCGGUCAAGUUGUUAAUCCUAAUGUGACUAAAGAUUUAUUAGAUCAAUGCAUGCCCGGUUCGCUUUCUCCUGAGAAGGCGAAAGGAAAGAUUGUGUUCUGCCUUAGAGGAAAUGGAACAAGAGUUGGAAAGGGAGCAGAGGUGAAGAGAGCAGGAGGAGUUGGUUACAUACUUGGAAACAAUAAAUCGCUAGGAGAGGAUGUAUCAGUUGAUUGUCAUCUUCUUCCAUCUAUUGCAGUUGGUUAUCGAAAUGCGACCAAAAUUCUCAAGUACAUAGAUUCUACCAAGAAUGCAACCGCGUAUAUUACACCAGCUGAUACAGUAAUCCAUGGUAUCCCAGCACCACACAUGGCUGGCUUUACCAGCGUAGGUCCAAGCCCUGUAUCAGAGGCUACUCUCAAGCCGGAUAUUACAGCUCCAGGGCUGAACAUAUUGGCAGCAUGGACUGAGGGGGAUUCCCCUACAAAAAUGGAUGUAGAUCAUCGGGUGGUGAAGUAUAACUUUCUGUCAGGAACUUCAAUGUCUUGCCCUCAUAUUGCUGGUGCAGCUGCCCUUUUGAGGGCCAUUCACCCAACCUGGAGCAGUGCUGCUAUUAGAUCGGCUCUCAUGACAACAGCUGGAAUAUUGAACAACAUGGGUAAGCCAAUAACUGAUGCAUCUGGAAAGGAAGCAAAUCCCUUCCUAUUUGGAUCAGGUCAUUUUAGGCCAUCAAAGGCAGCAGAUCCUGGACUUGUUUAUGAUGCUUCAUACGAAGACUAUCUUCUACAUCUAUGCAGUAUUGGAUACAAUCUUAAGAACUUAACUCGCAACAAUAGCUGUCCUAAGAAUCUACCUCCACCGCACAACCUCAAUUAUCCGUCAGUUGCUAUUCCAAAACUCAAUGGUACAGUGGUGGUAAAAAGAACAGUAACACAUGUUGGCAGCAGCAGAAGUAUCUACUUUUCUUCGGUGAAGCCUCCUGCUGGGAUCUCAGUCACCAUUUCUCCACCUAUUUUAUAUUUUAAUCAAUAUGGUGAGAAGAAAAGUUUCACCAUCAGAGUACAAGCAGAAAGUACAGAGGGUGUUGGUGAAAGUGCCAAAAAUAAGUACCGGUUUGGAUGGUACAUUUGGAGGGAUAGUAAUGGUACUCAUAGCGUUAGAAGUCCCAUUGCAGUAGCCUUCUCUUAGUUUCUUUUUGUUUUUGUAGUUUGAACUUGGAGGGAUAAAAUGGUGCUGUCUGAAAUUGCAGUCGAAAUGUAAUUCCUUCAGAAAUUGGUUGGAAACUCAAUAGUUUCAAUUAAUAGCAUUGAAAUUGAAACUAUUUAGUUUCAUGCGUUAGUUGUUGUUUGACAAUAUUUUACUUUUUCCGUUUUCAUGUAAUAAUUAACAAUACAGUUGAAUGCAAACGUUU